AUGAGCGCGCAGCUCCUGCCACUCGUCACUGCCUACCAAGUGGGCGUCAACCAAGACGUAUGCAUCCUCACGCGCCUCGGCCACGACCCGCCGGACGGCGACCUCGGGCCCGUGCAUGCGGUCAUGGCACCGUGGCUCGAUCGCGUCGGCUUCCGCUUCGUGCCUCAGCUGUGUCCAUCGCUCGUCUUUAGCUACGCGCUCGAGUAUGGCCGUGUCGAUCUUGUGCGUGAGCUCAUGGCGGCGCAUAUGCUCUGCUUCACUGGCCAGCAGUGGUUGCUCCUGUACGGGGCGUGGCGCCGCUGCAUGGGGAAGCACCUUCAUUUGCAAUGGCAGAACACCGCCGACGGCGACGGAAAUAUCCACGGCGGCUACGUCUCUUUUUACUGCAGCAUGUGUGCCAACGGGACGUGCAUUUUCGGCUCAUACCUUGCAUAUCACGUGCCUGGCCCUCCCGUGCUUUCGCCCCGCGGGCGCGGUCGCCCUGCCUCCACGAAGUCCCGUCGCCUCCCGGCCCUCCGCCGCCACCACCAGUCGUCCGGCCUCGCCGCGUGCGGCGUCGGUUCUAUGCGCUGGGUCGGUAUCCGGAUUUAUUCGGAUGCGGGCUCGGACGGUUUCGUUUGAAACACACCCGACGGCUUGCACUCCUCUGUCGGGUGGUCCGAGUACAGGAGCCUGCGUACGACCUCGAGCGAGCUAACUCUCGGCGAGUGGGGUCCACCACGGGAUGGAUCUCUCCGUGCGCAGCUCACUCCCAACGACCAAGUGCUGGUACCAACUCCCACGCAUUCAGGCGUAGCACUACGUAUGCGAACUCUUUG